CAACACAUUAAUUAACAAUUAAAUACCAUUACGAUGUUAUGAGUAAUCCGUAUUUAAGUCGGCCCGUGAGAUGUUCUGAUACUUUUUGCAAGAACGCCAUAGUUAUGGCAGGAGCAGUUUUUGUCGGCUUACUGUUGGCAGCAAUUAGCGUGAGGGAUGUAGAGCCUUCUAGAGAAGUAUUGAGAUACAUUACUACUGGAUUCCUUAAAACGUUGGACGAUUGCAAACAUGAGCUGAACCUCUCCGACCACAUUAUUACCGACUUGUACCACUACUGGAAACAAGAAUACGACAUGCUGGACAAAGACGUAGGCUGUGUUAUUCUGUGUAUGAGCAAAAAAUUAAACUUGGUGGACACGAGUGGGCGGUUACAUCACGGAAGCGCCAAAGAUUUCGCCGUGCAGCACGGAGCCGCUGAAUCCGUCGCCGACAAACUGGUGGAAAUGCUUCAUGAAUGCGAGAAGCAGUCCUUAACUAUUGAAGACUCAUGCGUUCGUACCCUGGAGGUGGCCAAAUGCUUCCGAACAAACAUCCGAGACCUGGACUGGUCACCGAAAGUUGAUGUCAUAGUCUCCGAGAUUCUUACUGUUGUGUAAAAGAGCGCAAUAUUAAAUCCAUUUUAUAAAUUG